AGCUAAUCUAUAUUCAUUUGUACGCCAUCCCCGUACGCAUCACGAUACAAGCCCGAUAUGACUCUGCUAUCAAUUGUACUGGCAUAGAGUUUGUACUGAUUUGUGACCUCUGGCCCUCCUGUGAAGUAAACUGGCCGGUGGUGUUAGCUCAUUCUACAAUCAGCUUUUAUGUUAUACAACUAAUUUUGAUUAUCUCUCCAGAGGUUAACUCUCUUACAAUAGGUUAUAAAACUAGCCUGCUACAGUACAGCGGUGGAGGUGGCAAAGACCAAAGUGCCAUUUCUUGGAAAGAACACACUAGUGAACUUGCGCAACUGUUUAAUAAAAGAUUAUUGGAGAGCAUUUUUUGGUUGAUUGCACUAUAUGCUGCUGAAGGUCAGAACCUGAAAAGCUCAAUAGGCUUGGUUUUAUCUGCAAGUAGUCUUACUUUCAUGUAAGUUAAGCAAAAAAAGUAGUUUGUAAGAAAUUCAAUUUUUUUAAAGCUGUGUUUAUGGUUUUUAUUAAUGUUAUUCUUUGAUUGCGUAAGAAUCAAUUUCUUAAUUUUCAUCUAGUGUUGUUUUGUAUUGAUUAAUUUUUGGUCCCAAAUUCAUGCAUGUAUUUUAAAUGAUUCCAAACUAAACAUGAUUUGUGCGUAAGGUACAUAGUUUUAAGUAUAUUUUAAGUUCAUUAGUCAAUUUUUUAUCCAUUGUAUCCCUCC